CAUAUGAAACCCCAUACUUCGCGUAACUCCUGCGUGUCGAGCUCUUUCAACCUUCGGGUAAGGUAGUAUGUGAUGCCUAUGUUGUCGGCAUACAGCAUCAGGUAUUGCAAGGCCACAUGAACGGAGAAGAAAGACGGCGAUAAAAAUAGUCGUAGGAGAAGGGCAUGGGACAUGUCUGACAGGGCUGGUCGCCGUCUAGGACGGUGAGCAGAUCUAAAGCUGUCUUGUUCCCACGGCUGCUAUAUGAAUGUUUGUUACACGUUGACAACUUUGGUCACUCUUGUUAGACUAACCCUUCACUUCCAAUAUGCUUUGGCCCCUGCUCGCUCUCUCACUCCUUCCCUUAUCAUUGGCGGUACAAAAGUCAGUGCACGAGCAACUGGUCGACCUUGCAGCAGCCGGAAACGGUCUCAUACAGCUCAACGAACAGACCUAUGAUUUGCUUGCCUCUCCAAAGCGCGACUGGUCGGCCGCUGUGCACUUUACUGCGCUCCAUCCCCAGCGGCGCUGUGCUCCUUGCAAAGAAUUCGAGCCAGCGUACACUGCUAUAGCCAAAGCAUGGGCGAACGCUCCCAAAGAACAUCGGGACAAGCACUUCUUCGCUACUCUUGACUUUGAUGAUGGGCCCGCCGUCUUCCAAAAGCUCGGCAUGGCUUCUGCGCCAGGUGUUCACGUGUAUCCCCCGACCGAAGGACCAAACGCGUCUGCAAAAAAGGCUCCUUUCAAAUACGAUUUCCAAAAUGGUUUCGAAGCCGGACCCCUCGCCGAGCAACUCUCUGUCCACACUCCAAUCCCUAUCCCAUACAAGGCUCCCUUCAACUGGGCACGCGCGGGCAGCAUCGUUUCACUCAUCCCAAUCGUUACCCUUAUCUACCGCUUUAUCAAACCAGCACUGCAAAACCGCUGGGUCUGGGCUGCUGGCACGAUCGCUACCUCACUAGUCAUGACCUCUGGCUACAUGUUCACCCGUAUCAGAGGUACACCCUAUACUGGUCCUAACGGCGCUUGGAUUGCUCAAGGCUAUCAAAAUCAGUAUGGACAAGAAGUUCAAGUCAUCGCCGGGGUUUAUGGAAUAUUGGCCGGAUCUUUCUUGAUGUUGACUGUUGUCGUGCCGCGCCAAUUGUCACCCACCCGUCAAAGAACUCAGGUAUACCUCUGGACUGCAGUGAACUUCCUCGUUUUCAGCAUUUUAGUAUCGCUGUUCCGCGUCAAGAACCCAGGCUAUCCAUUCAAGCUCAUUCUAUAGAGUUAUCUAGUG